UGUCCUCUUCUACCAGGCUUCUUGCACCUGGGUGGCCUCCGCACAGCCUUGUACAACUACAUCUUUGCCAAGAAGCAUGGAGGGAGCUUCAUCCUGCGGCUGGAGGACACGGACCAGACCCGCCUUGUGCCUGGGGCAGCAGAAAAUAUUGAGGACAUGCUGGAGUGGGCAGAGGUUAUAGCAGACACUCAGUCAAGAUUAGCCGAAUAAAAGGGCAUUCAUUCACCAAGAUCACGCACUGUGACCCAGGUUUUGUUCCAGCACUGAACAAAGACCCUGUGCUUAGUAGGGCAAACAGAUGAAUCCAUUCUUCUUAUGAUAUUAAGUGAUGGCAUCCCCCCUGAUGAGAGCCCACGCCGGGGAGGCCCCGUGGGGCCCUACCUGCAGUCCCAGCGGCUCGAGUUGUAUGCCCAGGCCGCAGAAGCUCUGCUGAAGACCGGGGCCGCUUACCCCUGCUUCUGCUCAUCACAGCGGCUGGAGCUGCUGAAGAAGGAGGCCCUGAGGAGCCACCAGACUCCCCGGUAUGACAAUCGGUGCCGGAACCUGAGCCCGGGGCAGGUAGCUCAGAAGCUGGCCAAGAACCCCAAGCCUGCUAUCCGCUUUCGCCUGGAGGAGGCGCCAGCCUUCCAGGACUUGGUAUACGGCUGGAAUCGGCAUGAGGUGGCCAGUGUGGAGGGGGACCCGGUCAUCCUGAAGAGUGACGGCUUUCCCACAUACCACCUGGCCUGCGUGGUGGACGACCACCACAUGGGCAUCAGCCAUGUGCUACGUGGCUCGGAAUGGCUGGUCUCCACCUCCAAGCACCUGCUGCUCUACCAGGCCCUGGGCUGGCCGCCGCCUCACUUUGCCCACCUGCCCCUGCUCCUCAACAAGGAUGGCAGUAAAUUGUCCAAGAGGCAAGGAGACAUUUUCCUGGAGAAGUUUGCUGCUGCUGGCUUCCUGCCAGAUGCUUUGCUCGACAUCAUCACUAACUGUGGCUCGGGGUUCCCAGAGAACCAGAUGGGCAGGACCUUGCCAGAGCUGAUAGCUCAGUUUGACCUGACCCGGAUAACCUGCCACUCAGCCCUGCUGGACCUGGAGAAGCUCCCGGAGUUCAACAGGCUGCACCUUCGCCGGCUGGUGAGCAAUGCCACGCAAAGGCACCAGCUGGUGGAGAAGCUGCAGGUGCUCGUGGAGGAGGCGUUUGGGAGCCAGCUGUCAGACAGGGCUGUCCUGGACCCAGCCUAUGUGGAGAGGACCAUGCUGCUGAGACAGGAUCACAUUUGCCGCCUGCAGGAUUUGGUCUCCCCGGCAUACUCCUACCUGUGGACUCGCCCUGCUGUGGAUCGAGCACAGCUGGGUACCAUCUCGGAGAAGGUGGAUGAGAUAGCCGAGCGUGUGCUGGGCAGAUUGAGAGUCUCCCGAGGUUCUCCCUCCCACUCGCUUGCCAUUGGCUGCUGCAGGCCCCUCACAAGCUGGUCCUCCUCUAGGCUUUUAGAAGGAUCUGGUGGGAACUUAACUCAGGACGUGCUGAACGCAGAACUGAAGAAGCUGUCAGAAGGUCUGGCUGGCACCAAACACAGCAACGUGAUGAAACUCCUCCGAAUGGCCCUCAGUGGUCAGCCGCAAGGACCACCUGUAGCUGAGAUGAUGAUGUCCUUGGGACCAAAGGAAGUGUGGGAACGAAUACAGAAGGUGCUCUCCAGCUGACAGGAGUGCCAGCCAGUGGAGGUGGCCCCAGGACCCUGUGCAUGUGGAGACUGCCUUCAGAGGGGAGGAGCAGGAGCCCUGGGCCAUCAGGAACUUGCAGAAGGACGAGAGUGGGAAUAGUCCGGGUGCACACAAGUGCAUUCACGGCUCCACGCAACCCUGUCCUCACCAGUUGGCUGGGGAAAUCCAGCCCCCCUCACCUCCCUGAGUCUGGAGAAGAAGGCCUCGUGUCUGGUUCUGAUAUCAUAAAUCAUGGCCCAGAUUACAAGCUGGUACUUGGAACAGUCCGCAGAGUUCAUGUUUAGGCUGCCCAAGCUGCCGUAACAAAAUGCCACAGUUUGGGGGACUUAGACAACAGGAAAUUAUUUUCUCACCAUUCUAGAGGCUGCCAGUCUAAGAUCAAGGUGUUGGUAGGAUUUCUCCUUAGCUUGCUGAUGGCAGCCUUCUUGCUGUCCUUACAUGGUCGCCUCUCAGUGUGCCCUUGGUAUCUCUGUGCGUCCAAAGGUCUUCUUAUAAGGACACCAGUCAGAUGGAAUUAACACCCACCCUAAUGGCCCAAUUUUACCUUAAUCACCUCUUUAAAGGCCCAGCUGCUAAUACAGUCACAUUUUGAAGUCCUGGGGUUAGGGCUUCAACAUAGUACUUUUGAAGGGACACAGCUCAGUUCCUGACAGCUUGGCAGCAGCCUGGACUCAGUUCUCAGCCCCAUUUUGGACUCAGCAAUAAGGCUGGUUGACAAGCAGGAUGUCAGACUUUCUUGGGCUUCUUUCAGGGGUAGGGUGGGGAGGAGCACUUAUGGCUUACACAGUCCUCCCUCUCCACUUCGCUCUUCGACUUCCACGGUUUCACUCUA